AGGUCUGGGUACAGGUACUUAUGAUAAUGCCCCAGCAGUGAUAAUGCAAAUCUGGGUUGAGAACAAUGGCUCAGAAGGAAGAGAGAAGUCUACCGCCAGAUCCUUUGCAGGCCAUCUGCUCAGUCCCCACUUCCUCCAGGACAGCCAGCUGCAGCAGGCCUGUUGCAAGGCAGAAGUCAUCAGGAAAUUCCCUGGAUAUUGUAACCCGUGAUUGCAGCCUCUAAUUAAUCAUCAACACUGUAAUAUGAUCCUGGUUUGACAAGGGGACCUGCUGAAUCUUUGGAAACCUGUCCACUUGGCCUUCUCCAGACCCAGGGACCUGUGCCCAAGGACCCCAGGCUGAUGGGGGCCCAGAUCUGCUCCCAGGCUGAUGCCGAGGCUCCGCGAGAGGCUCUCCGUUUCCACGCCACGGCCAUGGGCGCGCAGGUGCGUCUGGAUGUGCAGCGACGCACCGCGCGCAGGCGAGCCACAUUCCACGACGGCAUCGUGUUCAGCCAGCGGCCGGUGCGGCGUGGGGAGCGCGUGGCGCUGCGCGUGCUGUGUCACGAGCGCGGCUGGUUUGGCGGCCUCCGCGUGGGCUUCACGCGCCUAGAUCCUGCCCGCCUGUCCGCGCCCAGCCUGCCGCCCUUCGUGUGCCCGGACCUGGAACAGCAGAGUCCGACGUGGGCGGCGAUGCUGCCCAAUGGCUGCGCACUCGCGGGAGACGUAGUGCACUUCUGGGUGAACUGCCAAGGCCGGCUCUUCGCCCAGGUCAACGCCGGGCCCCGGCUCCUGCUGCGUAAAGGCGUGCUCAUGGACGCCCCGCUCUGGGCCGUGAUGGACGUGUACGGGACCACCAAGGCCAUUGAGCUUCUGGAUGAGGCCAUGGAUCCUACAGCCAGCGCCUUCCCCACGACCAUGCCAUGGAUCCUCAGUGAUGAAACUCUGCCCGAACCCAAAGCAAGAGAGGAUUGUGCCAUCUGCUUCCACCAGGCUGCCAACACCUGCCUUGUGCCCUGCGGCCACACACACUUCUGCAGCUCCUGUGCCUUGCGGGUCUUCAGAGACACGGCCAAAUGCCCCCUGUGUCGCUGGGAGAUCAAGGCGGUGGCCCCGGCUUGGGGCCUCCCACUCUGGGCCCUGGAGACAGCCUCCCAGUGUAGGUGACAGAGUGGGCCUAGGUCUAAGCUGGGCCCCUGCUGAGGGAAGAGGUGCAACUCCCCCCCGCUUUCUGGAAAAGUCAGAAAAGCUGGGCAGUGACAGACACAGUGAGAGAGGGGAGCAGGGCUGUGACAGCCUCUCCCCACCUCAGCAGGUCUGGCCCAGUGGAGCCAGGAGGUGCCGCUUUCUGCCCACACCAAACUAUCUCCUUGGUGGGUACCUGGCUGGAGAAAGUGGCUCAGCAGUGAGCCAGGGGGCUUCUGGCCCCUUUGCUUACUUUCAUGCACAUGUCGUUUGUGCAUGCCAAGACUUCUGGCUGGCCUCCUGCUUCAGCCGCCAUGGACCUAACAAUCUCUGGGUACAUUUAAGUCCCAGGGGUCACAAGAACCCACACGUGUCAGUGAGAAGGGCCUUUGUGAGGGGAUGGCCUGAUCACUGGUUUUAUGGCUGAGGAAGUUGGGGUAACUGCACAUGUCAGAUGAAAGCCCUGCCCACCCUGGGUUGUUGAAGAGCCUGGAUCACAUGCUGGGAGCAUCUCAGCGGGGUUUUUUUUCAUUGGAGUAUGGUUGAUGUAUAAUAGCAUGCGAGUGACAGAUGUACAAUAUCACAGUUUUUAAAGGUUACACUGCAUUUAUCAUUAUAAAAUACUGGUUAUAUUCACCUCAUCAUACAGUAUAUCUGACAGUUUAUUUGAUACUUAGUAGUUAUACGUCCUAAUCCCCUAGCCCUAAAUUGCCCUUGCCAUUCCCUCUCCGCAGUGGUAAUCACCAGUGUGCUCUCUACAUCUGUGAGUCUCUUACUUUGUUAUUAUAUUCACUGAUUUGUUGUACUUUUUAGA